AUGCGCCCCGUCUAUUUGUUAGCGAUUUGUAUUAGGUUUGUUUCAAGUUCCGAACUAGGGACAAUAAAUAAUCAGCUGCAAGAAAGAUUAAUAUACACCGACGAGUUCAUUGCAACUGAAGUUUUGGAAUCCAAAUUUCCAUUUCUGAAAUCGACAUGUGUUAAAGACGCACUAAAAAGUUAUUUGCCGCAAUGUAUGGCAAAUGGAUUUGAGUCCAUUGAUGCUGAAACUAGAGUAGAAACAGCUAUAAAGCUAUCCAUAUGUGAGUUUCAGGCAUCCGGCUUGGGUGAAAUACCAGCAAAUUGUAUGGUUGACGACUUGGGUUCAAUGAUGGAUUGUAUGCUUGAACUAGAAUCGUCUUCACAGUGGUGGACAACCUAUAGUGGAAAUUAUCAGCGGCUAUCAAGUAUUUGUUAUGAAAAUGUUCUUCCUUUCGAAAAAGAACAGAUUUUGAAGCUCUUUCUAAAUAUAACAGAACUUUAUGACUCGUUUGGAGGAGACAUCAAUACCAAACUGAAUGAGUUGGUAUUUAAAAUGGAGCGAGAAUCUGAAAGUUAUUUAAAUGAUCUGGCCAGGAUGUUUCACAAUUAUGAUCAUGAACUGCGAAAUAUGACAGAAAGCAAUCGAAUAAUUCUAGAAAACGACCUCUCGGUUUUUAGGGAUAAUGUCAAUAAUGUCUUUUAUGACACUUCAGAACAUUUAGAAGUCCAAAUUUUGGAAAAGAACAAUCAAAUAUUGAAUGAAGUCGAUACUAUUCAUCAUAUCAUGAGUAGCCUAGCAGAUGAGCUUAACAAAAAUGACAUGAAAGCUAAGAUAUAUGAUUUAAAGGACGACAACUUGAAUAAUUUACAGGACUUAGUGGAAAUGUCACACGAUGUAAGAGAAUACUACUUUAAAAACAACGAGCUCGUUAAUAUCGAGUUAGAUAAUUUUUUGAUGGGCUUAAAGGAACAGCUAGGGGGCAUGUCAAAGGACCUUUCUGAAUCACAAAUGGAAGCUAUAGAGCUCUUGCAGGGAUUCAACUCCGUUCUUCAUGAUUCACUUUUACCGUCGAUGACGGAUGAGAUAGUACCUGAAAUGACGAACUUCAAGAACAGCAUCCUACAGGAAUGGUCAUCAAUAACAUCGACUUUAAACAAAGAUUUUGCAUUAUGGAAUGAGGAAAUUUUUUCCACUUUUAGUGAAAUUUCAGAAAGAUUAAAUGGUACGAAAAAUAAAUUGGACGACAUUGACAUUAAAGUGUCACUUAUUCACAAAAAGCUAAUCGCAUUGAUAAAAAUAUUCGAUAUUAUGUGGAAAGCUAGCAAAAAAAUUAUAAAAUAUGGUUACUUUUUACUCAAGAGUAAAUACUGCUGGUUGAUGUGCUCUAUUGUAUGUAUUUGGUCAAAGUACUCUAUGCCUAGAAUAAUCCCCCAAACAAUCCCUAUCAAACGCUUUUACCAAUGGGGAAUCGUGCUGCUAUCAAUAUAUCUAGGGGCUAGCACUGGAUCCUUGAUUGGUGUUUGA